AUUAAACAACACAGCUGAGUAAUAAACCCACGUUGACGUGCCAAGAAACAGGCAGUGAAGGUAAGCCACAAUUACCACUCGUUUCUUAAAGGUGCAUUGCAACCACAGGCUUGUCGCAGAGGAGAGAGUAUUUGUCAACCAAAAACACCACCACUGCAGAUAGAGGGGAAGUCUUAAAGUUGCUUCAGUGAGUGGAACAUUUUUAGUUUCAUCACAGUCUCUCGGAAGACAAAACAAAAAAAACACUUCUGCUUGGUGAGUUGACUAUAAAAAUUUAGACACCGUCUUACUUACAAUGUCGGACACACCUGAUAUAGAUCGCUUCAUGACAGAGCUCAAAGCCCCAGAGAAAAUAAUGGGCUCUGUUUAUUGGUGAGGACAAGGAAACCGUGCUGCCUCAUCCAGUUUGUUCCAGGCCACUGACCCAAUAAGAUGCCUUCAGGUCCUGUAGCUUAGCCUGUUCAACAGAUCAAACUCCCCUUGUGCUGCAGGCUUUUUGGUUCCAGCAGCAAAAUACAAAUAAAAAGACAAUUUUCAGUUUAUUUCAUUAAUUUUUGACUGAUCUGAGGCAAAAACCGAGGUCAACAUGCAUGCUUGCCAGACUGGGCUGUGCCUCCCCGUCUACAUUGUUACCUUUGUGCUGGGCUUCCCAGCAAACGUCCUGGCCUUCUACACCUUCUGCAAGAAGGUGAGGCAGAAGCCCACACCGAUAGACAUACUGCUCCUCAACCUGACCAUCUCUGACCUCCUCUUCCUCCUCUUCCUGCCAUUCAAGAUGCAGGAAGUGAUGAACGACAUGGUGUGGAAGUUACCCUAUGCACUCUGCCCACUGUCUGGCUUUGUCUUCUACAUGACCAUCUACACCAGCACCUUCUUCCUCACUGCUGUCAGUGUGGAGCGCUACCUGGGUGUAGCCUUCCCCAUUCAACACUCCUUGAAGCGCCGGCCAGUGUACGCUGUGGCUGCCAGCAUCUUCUGCUGGAUAUUUUCUUUCCUUCACCUGAGUAUUGUCUUUAUUGUCCCGUUUAUUGGACAGGUUGAGUCCCCGAACUCCACAUCUCCCUCUGGUAUGAGCCAGAAGGAGGUGUGUUAUAAAAACUUUACGGAGGCUCAGCUGCAGGUCCUCCUUCCUGUCCGCCUCGAGCUCUGCAUUGUGCUUUUCUGCAUACCUUUCCUCAUUAGCAGUUUCUGCUACAUCAACUUCAUCAGGAUUCUGUCUAAGCUGCAGCACAUUGACCGGCGCCGGCGCCUGCGGGCCAUUGGCAUGGCUUUGGGAACACUGGUGGUGUUUGCAUUAUGUUUUGGACCCUACAACGUCUCACACAUAGUUGGAUACAUCACAAAGAAGAGUCCUACUUGGAGAGACAAAGCCUUACUGUGCAGUACCUUCAACGCAUGCCUGGACCCUUUUAUUUUCUACUUUUCCUCAUCUGCUGUAAGAGGAACUGUUGGUAAAGUGGUGGAAGGAGUUAAACACUCUCUAAGCAGGUGCAUGUCCUGUCACAUGUUCCAAGCCUCGCAGCGGGGAAUUAACAGGACUACACAAGAUAAGAAACACAAACAAAGUGAGACCAAUUCUACCUGAGCUGACUGGAAGGGAACAUUGAGCAGCUGCCUCUGCUAAUUUCUUCAUCCCUGCAAGCAGGAAAUUAAUGUCAUGAUUAUAUUUUUAUACUCGAGAAAAUGACUUGGCGGCGCACACUGCGGCAUGUUUCUGUUUGACUCAGAUGAACUUCCUGUUUCAGAAAGCUCCACCUGAGCAAGCAUAAUCACUUUUCUGAUGGAGUGCUGUGCACAAACCUGCAGAGACUAGCCAUUUUGAACUGUAAUCUGAUAUAGAGAAAGCAUUUCUGCAAAGUGGAAGGAUUUCCAAAGUUCUUUGAUGCAACAAGGUGUGGUGGAGAUGUAAACUAGAGAUGACAACAAAACAACAACCAACAUCAGCUAAGGAUCCUAUCUCCUCACAAUGAGAGACAAAUCUUUCUUGCCAGCUUUCAUCAUGAACCGGAUGUUUGUUUGCAGCAACCUGCUUAAUAUAUGACAAGCAGGAUUUCUUUAGCCUGUAAUGCUCAGCCAUGCACUUUCAUUAUUUGGUGUUUCUCUUUCUGACAGGUUUGUUUCUGUCCUCAUGCAGACUGGGUUUGUUCAACAUUACCAUAUUUAUAGAAAAUAUUCACCUUGUAGAAAUGUGAGAAAAGCUUUUGAAUGUCAGGAAUGUUA